AUGCCAUCCAUCGAAGCUGUUGAGGCCGCAUUGUCGCUUGCUGAGAAGGACAGCUCCAAAGUCCUUGGUCUGACCCUCGGCGAACAACGCAUUAACACACCUGGUCAAUUUGUUCCUAAAGCUGAUGCUCAAAGAGAGCCCCAACUCUCCUUCAAUGUGUCCUUUGGCAAAUACAUCGUCAUCAGCACGGAUAUUGAUGCCCCUUUCCCGUCCUUCGGUGUCUUGGGGCCCAUCCUGCACUGGAUUCAGCCAGGAUAUGAACCAUCAAAUGACAUUACUGCCACUGGAGAAGCCAUCCUGAAGACCUCCGCACCGUUUGUUGCAAACUAUAUUGGCCCUGCACCUCCUCCGGGAAGUUCGCCGCAUCGGUAUGUCUUUUUGCUAUACGAACAACCAGAUGGCUUCGAUGGCAAGAAGUUCGCUCCCAAGAACGGAAACCCUCUCGGCAACUGGCAAAGGAUGAGAUUUGACCUGGAUGCCUUCACCAGGGAAGCGAAGCUGGGACCUGUUCUGGCAGCGAAUUAUUUCCGCAGCAAUUGA